UUGUUCCUCUGCAUUGGCAGGAGAGGGUUGCUGGGUUUGUACAAGGCUGGGGCGGGAGCGGGAGGGAGGGGGGGAAGAGAUCUGGAUUUUUUCUCCCCUCCCUUAAGCAAAACCACAAUGGAAACCAGGAAGGAGAUGGUGAUGUUUCUGGAGGGGACAACUCUUGGCGCUCUAGUUGGCAAGAGGGUGCCUAAUUUGUCCGAAGCAGUGGGGAGCCCCGCUCCGGAGCCGCAGGAGAAGAUGAUCCAUCGGAACUGCCUCAGCCCCAGACCUGGCCCCUUGUCGUCCCGGGAGAGAGGAGGAGGAGGAGGAGGUGGCGGAGGAGAAGACGAAGAGGAGGUGGAGGUGCUGCCAGGGACAGGGACGGUGCCGGAGAGCCGCUCGGCGGCGGCAGCACUGCUUUCGGCCGGACAGCAGCCCCCUGCACCGGAGCCCCCCUCCAGCAAAGGCCAGCAGAGCAGCUCGGACACUGAGUCGGAUUUCUAUGAGGAAAUCGAGGUGAGCUGCACCCCGGACUGCGCCACGGGGAGCGCCGAGUACCAGCACAGCAAAGGGCCGUGCUCCGAGGCGUUGGCCGGCAGCCCCAGCGGCGGGGGGGAUCACCCCAAGGGCAGCGGAGGCAGCGGAGGCUCCCAGGGCUCACUCGCCUGCAGCGCCAGCGACCAGAUGCGCCGGUACCGCACCGCCUUCACCCGCGAGCAGAUCGCCCGUCUGGAGAAGGAGUUUUACCGGGAAAAUUACGUGUCCAGGCCCCGGAGAUGUGAGUUGGCGGCUGCUCUAAAUCUACCAGAAACCACCAUCAAGGUUUGGUUCCAGAACCGCAGGAUGAAGGACAAGCGGCAGCGCCUGGCCAUGACCUGGCCUCACCCGGCCGACCCGGCGUUUUAUACCUACAUGAUGAGCCACGCAGCGGCCACUGGGAACCUGCCGUAUCCAUUCCCGUCCCACCUGCCCCUGCCCUACUACUCCCACAUGGGCAUCGGCGCCACAUCGGCUUCUGCCGCCACCCCCUUCAGUACCCCCCUGAGGCCCCUGGACACCUUCAGGGUCCUCUCCCAUCCCUACCCGAGACCAGAACUGCUGUGCGCCUUCAGGCAUCCCUCUCUCUACCCUGCCCCAACUCAUGGACUCAGCAGCGCCGGGAGCAACCCCUGCUCCUGCCUGGCUUGCCACAGCGGCCAGUCCAACGGGCUGGCGCAGAGACCCUCUGGAUCAGACUUUACCUGUUCUGCCACAACCAGGACUGACUCCUUCCUGACUUUCACGCCCUCUGUGCUGAGCAAAGCCACCUCAGUUUCCAUGGACCAGCGAGAAGAAGUACCUUUAACGAGAUAAACCUUUAUCUCAGGGUUAUUAAACACUCGUCCCUUUCUCGGGCUUCUCUUCGAGUUAAUGUACUUACAGCCCAUGUUUAUUUAAUCGUGUUCUCUGCUCAGUCGUGGACACCUACAGGAAAAAAAAAAGACUAAAAAUAGCUCAGUCUUAAAAGGAUUUACAUUCCAAGCUGGGGGGAGGGGGAAAGAAAAGAAAAGAAAAGAAAAAAGAAAGAAGAGAAAAGAGAAGAAAGAAGAGGGAAAGAAAUUACUAGUGGUUUAUCUCUGAGACGGAUUUU